UUUGGAAAAAAAAAAUAAUCAAAAAAAUCAGAGCCCACCACCAACUCAAACCCAAAACCCACUGCCUAAUCUUGGAAUUGUUGAGAUUCCCUUUCUUUUCUUCCAUAACUAAAAAGUCCCUUUUCUCAUUCUCAGGGAACCAUCAUUCCUUCAUGGCUAUGGCUUUGCCGUGAAGGAAUCCUUUCCCCUCCCAAGAACCCAACAUGGUGCAAAGAAAACUUCCCAGCAAGCUCGAUCAUAUAAUGGUGAACAGCAAGCCAUUGCUACCCAGCCUUAAACCAUCUUCUUUGCUGCCCCAACACCAGGAUGUGAAGAAGAAGAAGAUGAAGAAAUCAGGUAAAACAACAACGUUCGAGAAUUUCCGGUCACCGCCUCUGAGAAAGCCGCCGCCGCCGCUAACGCCGCCGCAGCGGUCUUCUCCGGUCAGAGCUUCCCCGAGCUCCACGCCGAACUACAUGAAGUCAACCAGCAGUUCUGAUGCCAGGAAAGAGCGGUCUCCGCAUAAGAGUUCAAGCGGAUCAAAAUCCGGGCAGAAUCCGGCGAGAGCUUCAGCUAGGGCGACGAGUUUGAGGGCGUUGACGAAAGCUCCGAGCUUUAAACCUGCGAGAGCUAGAGCUUCGUCGAAGAAAUGUUCGCAGGUUGUUCUGUGCGAGGAUUUGGACGCGCAGAGAGCUACGUGUUCUUCAACGUUGAAAGAUUCCAAGUUUCCAUGUUACCUGGAACUUAGUCCCGGCGGCACGGAAUCUCAGGGGACAUCUGCCAUGAAGGUUUGCCCUUACACUUACUGCUCUCUCAAUGGCCAUCAUCGUCUUCCAUUGCCGCCGUUGAAGUGCUUCGUGUCGGCGCGGCGGCGGGCGCUGAAAACGCAGAGGAGCUUCAAGAUUGGGUGCCUGUCUCCCCGCCGAGCAAAGCCCCCUGCCGGAGAAGAAGAAAAUAUGGAUUUUUCCGUUGAAAUCUACUGCAAAGAAAGGGCAGGUGAAGAUGAUGAAGAAGAAGAAGAAGGUGAAGAUAUUCAUCCAGCUUCCAUGGCGGCAGAGGAAUUAAGGUAUGAAUGCUUGAGUGAAGAAAAUCAUGAUUCUGAAGAUUCAGAUAUGGAGGGGAUGGAGGAUUCUGCUCUGUUUAUUGAUGCUGGGGUUUCUGAUUCCAUCUGUCACAAUAAAGAAGAAGAAGAAGAGGAAACAAAUUGCAUUAUUGAUGAAAUUUCUGAUGAAAAUAUGGUGCAAAAAUCCUUUGAUGAAGAAGAAGAAGAAGAAGAAACAGGCUUCAUUUCUGAUGAAAAUAUACUGCAAAGAUCCUUUGAUGAAGAAAGUAUGUCCUCUGGAGCAUGGUUGAGUUAUGAUGAUGAUGAUGAUGACACCCAAUCCUCCAUUUCAUGCCCAGAAUCAUCCAGUUUCUGUGUAUAUGUUGAAGAAACCACUCAAGUUUCUAAUGAGGAAAUCUGCAGAGAAAAUCAAGAAUCCAAUGAUUCAAAUGACUCUAUCUGCAGUGAUUGUGUUCAAGAACUUCACAAUGUGGAUGAAGAAUUGAUGGUUGAAGUGAAGAAGAUGGCGAAAGCAGACAACAAAUCUGGAAACCAGAUUUUAGAUCUUGAUGAGCUGCCAAACCUGAGAAGAACUGGCAAGAACAAUAGAGAGACCGAGGAGGAGGAACUGAGAGAAUUCAAUCCACGAGGGCCGAAUUUUCUGCCACUAGAGCCUGAUCCCGAAGCAGAAAGAGUUAAUCUGAAGCAUCAAAUGAUGGAGGAACGAAAGAAUGGAGAGGAAUGGAUGGUGGACUAUGCACUGAGACAAGCAGUGAGUAAGCUCGCCCCUGCGAGACGAAAGAAGGUGGCAUUGCUAGUUGAAGCUUUCGAAACCGUUUCCCCAAUCCCCAAAUUUGAAUCUCACCUUAGCCAUACCACAAAACUGUUCCCCCCACCACCCUCAAGAUCCAUCCAAGCUUGCAGCUGAUGACACCACUCACAGACAAAGAUUCUUGGUUCCAUGAAUCUGCUGUCAAAGAGAGGGAAUCCUUGUCUGCAGUGAUGA